AAUAAGAGGUCUCUUGAUAUCUUGAAAGAGACAGUAGUAGAACAUAAUGAAGCAUCAGCAUUAUUAGCUGACUUUGCUUGUGACGGACAGGAUGUCAGAAAAAGAAGAAAGCAGUAUCACCAGUUGGAUGGAUAUACUACUCCCUCCUCAGGUAGUCCAAUGAUAUAUCCAUUGGAAGAGGAAAGUCUAUUCGUUGAUGAGAAAGAGGAUAAAGAUAUCAUAAUUGAUGACAUUCCAUGUGAAUUUUCUUUCAAAAAUGGAGAUCCAGUUGAUGAUUUAUAUGUAGAAGAGACUAAUGUGUCUCUACUUUUUAGAAAUUAUCAGAAUCAGUCACUAAAUAUUGCAAGAGACAAGAGCUUAUUUGUGAAAUCAAAUAUACAGGAAAUAUUAUCAUUAUCAUCAAUUAUAUUACUUGCCUCAAAUUCCUACUCCAAUACAAUAAUUGAUUACUUUGGAUUGUCCUUGCUUGAUGAAAUUUAUCAAAAAUUUAAACCAGAGUAG